UGGGAAAACAGGUGGGUAGGUAAGGCAGGGACUGACCUCACCUGGCGGGCUGACUUGCUGAGGUCACUGCAAGAAAAUCUCGCUACGACCUGUGUCCUGUCAACGGUGGACGUGCGUCUGAUGUCCAUUACUAUCGCUCUCGUUCAACUGUACCGUCAGCAGUCACGUCGGGAGGGCGCCUGGCGACGACACGGUGGUUGUGGUGGUGGGUCGAACGGACGUCAGACAGCAACGUGGGUGGACGACGUAGAAAACGUUGGUGUUUCUCGCGGUUGUCGUCGUAGCACCAUAGGUGGAGCCACUGCUUAACACUUGGGACGGUUGUUCUGGGGUACCCAUCCUUCUGUCGUCGCCACAGAUGACCUUUGACAUAUCAGUAACUGCGUGCAAAGCGUGAGGUAACCAACUACUCACCAUGGGCAUGGUUAACAGCAUCUACUCCGCCAUCUUUGGCGGAAGUGACGGCGACGUGGUGGACCCUGCCACAGGCCUGACAGCGAAGGAGAAGGAGGCCAUCAGAAGCAGCUGGGCGCUGCUGGCCAGCAAGAAGGCCCUCAGAACCAACGGAGUGGAGUUUUUUGUGAUGCUAUUUACGGAGUACCCCGAGAUGCAGAACUUCUUCAGCGCCUUCAAGGGCAUGGACGCCGCCACCCUGCGCAAGGACCGGACGAUGUACUCGCACUCGCUGACCGUCAUGUACAGCUUCGCCUCCUUGGUCGACAACCUGGACGACGCUGACCAGCUGGCUCUCCUCGUGCAGAAGAUCGCGCACAAUCACGUGGCCCGUGACGUAGGCUUCAAGUACUUUGAGCAACUGGCCGCAAUGUUUCCCAAGUUCUUGGAUGCUCGUGCCGGCUCCAACGCCACUCCCUUCAUCAAGCAGUCGUGGAGCAAACUGCUCGGGGUCAUGAACUCUCUUGUGAAGGCGGAGGAAGAGCGCCAGAAGAACACGUGACUGCACAGCUGUACCUCUGACCUGCAGGUUUAAAUUCAAGUAUCAUUGUGACUAAUCUGGAUGUGAUGAUCAAAUGUGAAGUGACCUCCAGUUCGUGAUGCUGCAGACAGUUGAGUAGAGUUCAUCGUUCGGACAAAUCGUGGACCGGAAGGAGACCAAACAAAAAAAAUCUUUGCGGUUAAACAUUCACUUUGACUCUUACCGAAACGGUGUAAUAAGUAGUACAUUGUCUUCAUACCUUUAUUAUGUUGGAAUAUAACCUAAUAUCGCUUUUCAAAACGUAUUUCAUUGGUUUCUUUAUAUAAUAGGGUAUUUUGUUUCAUUCAUUCUUCGUCUUUUUGCUCUGGUCAUUACUACAUACUGCUGGUAUUUACAUCUACAUUACCAUUAUAAUACCUUUGGUCGUCUUCUACAGAGGCUCAUACGUGUAUAUAAAUGUCUGGAAAUGUCUGGAACCGUAUUCACCCCAUGACAUGGACUUGACAUCGUCUCUAGAAUCCGUGACGACAUCGGGUGUUGGCAGUUGUUGUUUGUAGACUAUCUUAAUGCCAGAGCAUAUCGCCCGUUGUAGUGUUACAUAUGGAAGUAUGUUGUAACCACGUGUGACAGGAUUCCAGUAACUAAAGGUGCAGCUAGACAAUGAAGAUGUUGCAUUCAUCGUCACUACCGAUAAUAAUUUUCUUCCCUGUGUAACAUGCCUGUCAGAAAGUAAAUAAGUGAAACUCCUGUUUGCAAGUGUUCGAAUGUUUCAGCUAUGUGAUAGUUUUGCCUCCCUCCCAACAAACACACACACACACGCACAGUCUUAAAUUUGUUGUUUUGUUUCCCAAAAGGUUUCAAUCCGAUAACUCUCACUAAUCACCGUUCAACAUGUACCUGCUCCUCUGUUUUCUUCAUUUUAUGGGCGAAGCUUUUCCGAACAUUUUGCUGUUAAUCGACAUUUUUCCAGCAGCUUUCAUUGAUUCUUUUACUUUUAAAGAAAACGCGGAUCUGUACUUACUGAUGGCGGCCUGUGUUUACUGACAGGGACCUGUAAUUAUUCUCACUCAAUCACUCUUGUCUUACCCCCUCUCUCCCACCCCACUCCACACGCUUUUUUCUCUCUCCAUACUUUUACUUUCCACAGCAGCGGUCCGAUGGACGAAUCAAACGCUGGUGAUCGAAACUCGGGAGUACCGUGGGUCCUGGGUUCAGAUCUCGGCUCUGGCACACGUAACAUUUCUCUGGAUGUGGCAUGUUUUUUACAGGGUGUGGGUCGCCUUGCCAAGCUUAAUUCAGUUAUUGUUCACUUGCAGCUGAAACACUUUACAAAAUAAUGGGUAUUCGGCCUAAAAGUUUGUUCUCUGUAUAGAGACUACAAUGGAUGGAUUUUUUUUUUCAUUUGACCAGUGUGCGUGCUGAGUGAUUUGAUAAUUGCGUGAGACAUCUUGUCACUUCCCAUUGUUGAGCAGGUGGUGAGUUUACCUCUGUUCUGUUUUCUGUAACUACUUUUUUUACUUAUUGGCUUGCUUCCGUUUGGUGAUUAUUUUCUGUAGUUUCGAUGUCAUAAAUUCGAUUGUUAAAAUCCUCGAAUUGUACAUGUAUCAUCCAGUGUACAUCAGUAAAUAAUAAUAUACAGAGCUUUCAUAAAUAAACGUGCUUUUUGGUAGA